AUGGAGUCGCUCGGCUCGCGAUCCGCGAUCGCGCCCGCGGUCGUCAAGACCGCGGCGCAGAAGAAGUACCCGAAACCCCGGCCGCGCGUCCUCGCGCGCGCGCGCUCGGACGCGAACGACGACGCCUCGGAAGCGAAAAAGCAAGCCGUCGCCGGUGCGUAG